AUUAUUUUGUAAUAUUUGCCGGAUACAGAAUGGGUCGACGUGGACGUGUUGCAAGCGCCGGGCAGGUGGCCUCUGGCAGAGGCAGAGGUAGUGGUAGGAGGAGAGGUGACUUGUCUGUGUUCGAGUUUCCCAACUCUGACAUAGUUGGAAACACCUCGUCGGAAUACGAGACUGCAGUAGAAGAGCAAGUCCCCCGCGGAGCUGAGACGCAGGCUCCGGCGUCACCGAUUAAUAGAAUGCCGCAUUCCCAGCUCAUGGCGGAGAGGGAGCUGCUGGGGAUGAAAAUCCGGAUGCUCGAAAGGAGUGUCAGUGAGCUGACAGCCCGUGGCAGAUCCCUGAAAAGGAAACGACCAAGGGAUUCAGCACAGUCAGGGUCGCCAUCAUCAUCAUCGUCACGAUCUUCCUCCUCGGACUCGUCACGAUCCCGGUCGAGGUCGCCAAAGCGGAAAGCAAGGUCUGCCGCCGGCGACGUCGCGAGCUGGAAGACGACAAGCUACGCGAAACAAUUCGAGCUGAAUGCCGAGCUCCUGGAUCUGCUGCACGAUGUGAGGUCGGCAAAGUCCAAGAAGAGGAGAAGGAAGGCAGCGAAAAAAGGUGGCACCGGGUGCCGCGUUGUUGGGAUCCAGGAUCCGAGAUAGGCAACUGUUGCCGUAUCGCUGCUGCUGGUGUCGAGGUGGUGGGCAUGGCUGCGUGAUGGAAGACACCAGGUGUCACGCUGAGAAAGUGGGAGCCAGUAUCCUAAACGCUCCAGCUGGUAGAGAUCAUGCCAGGUUUUCACAGUGACGGCUAUGCUUUGUCUGUCUUGUGCAGUAUGCCUGCACACCCCGCAUUUCGUUGUGUGUGCAGUGGUGGAUGAUGGGCAUGAGCAAAAUAGACAAAGAAGUGUUCAUUUCUCGUUGGCUGAACGCAGCGAAAUAAACGAGAAAUAAUGUUCUUUGUAGAUUUUUGCUCGUGGUCACCGAUGGGUGCGAGGGCACCGCGGCCGCUGGAAAAGCGUGCUGGCGCAGAGUGCUGUUCAUUAUUUUUCUUCUUGCCAGACAGAAAGUUGCCCACCCA